AUGGCGCUGCCAUCAUCUCAGGGUGGAUUGAGAGGCCAGCCCCCGGUAUCUCACAUCCUCAGCAUCCCUGAGAUGGAACAGUACGCUCUAAGGAAACUGAGCCCGAAGGCGAUCUCAUACUACGCCUCAGGAACCGACGACGAGAUCACCAAGGUUGAAAACGGCACAAUCUUCCGUUCCAUCCUAUUGAGGCCACGAGUCUUUGUCGACUGUACCCGGUGCUCUCUCUCAACCAAUAUCCUUGGGAACCCUAUUGGAAUGCCCAUCUACGUCUCGCCCGCGGCUAUGGCCAAGCUGGCUCAUCCUGUCGGCGAAGCAGGCAUCGCUGCAGCAUGCUCGGAAUUCCGCGGGCUGCAGAUCAUCAGCAAAAACGCAUCCAUGUCUCCCUCGGCGAUUGUCCAAGCUGGACCACACACGGCUUAUGCCUGGCAACUUUACGUCCUGAAGGACAUUGAGGCGACCGAACGAACACUGGCCCAGAUCCGGGCCAUUCCUCAAAUCAAAUUCGUCGUUCUCACUCUCGAUGCGCCUUUCCCAGGCAAGAGGGAGGCAGACGAACGGUUCAAGAUGGCCGAGGUCGCCGGGGGGGCGCUGCCACAGGUCUGGGGCACGGAGUCGGGUCUGACAUGGAAGAUGACUUUGGAGUGGCUCACCAAGCACACCUCGCUCCCGAUCGUUUUGAAGGGUAUCCAGACACACGAGGACGCGUACGCUGCAACUCUUUUCCCGGCCGUCAAGGGCAUAAUCAUUUCGAACCACGGCGGACGUGCCUUGGACACGACGAUGACGCCUCUUCAGGUGCUUUUAGAAAUUCGAAAGUUCUGUCCACAAGUAUUGGACAAGGUUGAUGUUUUGAUCGACGGCGGUGUCAAGCGAGGGACGGAUGUUGUCAAAGCGCUGGCUCUGGGUGCCAAAGGCGUCGGCAUUGGCAGAGCUGCGUUGUACGGUCUCGCGGUUGGUGGUCAGGCAGGGGUCGAACGGGUGUUACAGAUUCUCGCCGAUGAGACAAUUACUGCGAUGAGGCUCCUCGGUGCCGAACGCGUUGACCAGCUUGCCCCGAAACACGUCUCGAGGAUGUAG